AUGGAUGCUGGUUUAGUGUACAAGACUUUGACGUCGCCCGCCGCUGUGGCCGGCGGCAUCUGCCUCGCGGCGGCCAUUUACUUGUGCUACCCGUACGUCCUCCCUCGAAAGCAGGCGCUGAAGUUUCCUGUUGUGUUGGUUGAGGACGGAGGCAUGGACAACCGCACUGCUGUGGAAUACGGCUAUUCAAAGUACCCCGAUCAGCCGUUUGUACUGCAGUCAAAAACGAGAACAUUGGUUCUGCUGCCUCCCAAGUACUUUGAUGAGAUUCGUUCCAUCCCUGAGUCGAAAUGGAGCGGAAGGCUGUCAGCGAGAAACCUCUUCCAGAGCCGCUACACUCGCAUUGGCGAUAACAGCCACCAGGUCGUUCACACGGUCAAGACCGACCUGACCCGUCACAUCGGCAAGACGCUUGAUGCGCUUCAGGACGAGAUGGAAUAUGCCGCUGAGCAGGCCAUUGGUGCAUGCGAAGACUGGACGCCCAUCGUCCCCUAUCCGGCACUCCUACGCAUCGUCUCGUUGAUAUCGGGCCGUGUUCUAGUUGGUCUCCCCUUCAGCCGGACAGAGCAGUGGAUUCAGAUCUCUAUCAACUUCACUAUGCUCUGCUUCGGUGCGGCGCAAAAGUAUGCAACCUAUUCGUCGUGGCUGCGCCCAUUUGUCGUCCCGUUCUUGGAUGUGACUAGCAACAUUCACAAACAGCGCAAAGCUGCCACAGCGCUGCUAGCACCCGUCAUCACUGAGUAUAAGAACUCCAUGAAGUCAGAUGAAGAACCGACGAACAUGAUCCAAUGGGCGCUCGCAAGUGCCAAAGACGACUCCAUGACGGCUGAAGAGCAGGCAGACAUCCAGCUCACGCUUAGCAUGGCUGCUAUUCACACAACAUCAACGACAGUCCUUUACUGCCUUUACGAUCUCUGUACUCACCCCGAAUGUAUUGAGCCUCUGCGCGAAGAGAUCAAGACUGUUCUUGCCGAAACAAAUGGCCGCCUUGUUAAGCGCAACAUGGCCAAGCUACGCAAGCUUGACAGUUUUAUCAAGGAGUCGCAGCGCCUGAGCCCCCCUGGUCUAGUCGCAAUGCAGCGUAUCGUGGUAUCUGACAUUACGCUCUCCGACGGUAGCUUUCUUCCCAAAGGCACCGCCGUUGGUGUGCCAAACUGGGGCGUCACGCGCGACGAUCAGCUUUGGACGAACCCUGAGACAUUUGACGGCUUCCGUUUUGCCAAGUUACGUGAUGAGGCCGGUGCAGAGCACAAACACCAGUUUGCAACAUCCGGACCGGAUUCGCUGAGCUUUGGCUACGGGCCCCAGGCGUGCCCUGGACGCUUCUUCGCCAGCAACGAGAUCAAGGUGCUACUGGCUCAUCUAUUGCUCAACUACGACUUCAAGAUGGAGGCGGACCGCCCGCAGAACAUCAUCCAUGAACUUACUGUCAUGCCUAAUAGAGGCGUAAACAUUCUCUUCAAGAAGCGCGUACAGGCGGAGCAGUAA